AUGAGACAGGAUAGAUUCAAUCCAUCAGUACCAAUUGUUACUCAGACAGAUUUUUACAACAGCAACUUUCUUAAACAUUAUGAUAAAACACCGAAAACUCCAACACGUUCGAAUGUACACAAAUCCUUGAAAGAAUUAGAUGAUGGUAGUGUCGAAUUUCAAGAAAUACUUAAAACAUUAAAAGAUCUUCCAAGAGAAGAAAAUGCUAUUCGAAUGUAUUCUUCUAAUCAUACAAUUGGAACACAACGAUGUUACACUUUUAUCAAUGAACAAAUACAUGAAGAUGAUGAUGAUACAAUUUCAAAAUUGAUGCCAUUGAUUCGUAGAGCCACAAAUCAAAUUAAUUAUAAUCCUCCGUCUAAUGAUUGUGUUGUAUAUCGUGGAAUAAAUUUAACUAAUGAUAAUAAAAAACUUUUUAAUAUUGGUACAAUAUUUCGAUUUCCUGGAUUUGUUUCAACAUCAAAAAAUAAGGAAAAAGCAAAAAGUUUUGGCAAUACACUAUUAACUAUAAAAAUUUAUUCGGGCUGUCUUCAAGUACGAGAUAUAUCAAGUAUAUCAUAUUUUCCAGAAGAAGAAGAAUAUCUAUUUUCUCCUUAUUCACUUUUUGAAGUUAUCGACACAAAUUCCGAGACUAUUACUUUGAAGGCACAUGAUAAUAAAAAGAAAAUUGGAAUGGAUACCAAACUUCCAACUUUUCCUAAAAAUGCAAAGUUAAAUAAUUGA